GCGUCGGCUGAUGCCUGCGCUUCUUACCUCAGCCUAUGUCACGCGCUCCCUUCUUCCUCCUCCUCCUCCUCCUCCUCUCGCCUCCCCCCUCCUCCCCCUUGCCCACGCGCUCGUUCGCCUGGGUUUUUCUCGCGCGCUGCUGCUGCUGCGUCUGCUUCUGCUUCUCAGUGCGGUGUGGGCACAACCAUGGCGGAUGAAAAUAGGACUGCCUUAAUAAGUGAAACCAGAAAGCGUUUUGAAGCAGAAUAUAUACUAGCAAAAACAGAUAAAUAUGAUUCUAGAGACGUGGAGAAACUACAACAAGAUGAUACCUAUGUUGAUAAUUUCCUAAUAUGGCGACAUGAUGUUGUGGAUGAUACACUGAAGAUGAUUGAUGAGAGCUUUCAGUGGAGGAAAGAGUAUGCAGUUCAUGACUUGACUGAGUCUUCACUUCCAACGAGGUUAUUUGAUGCUGGUGCCCUUUUCCUACAUGGUUAUGAUAAGGAAGGCUAUAAAAUAUUUUGGUUUAAGGUGAAACUUCACACAAAAGAUCCUAAAACCCAAUUUCUAAAAAAGAAGCUAGUAGCCUUUUGGUUAGAGCGCUAUGCAAAAAGGGAACACGGGAAACCUUUGACAGUGGUUUUUGACAUGUCUGAAACUGGAAUAAGUAACAUAGAUAUGGACUUUGUUCGAUACAUCAUCGGCUGUUUUAAAGUCUAUUACCCUAAUUACCUCUCAAAAAUUGUGAUCUUUGAACUGCCCUGGAUAAUGAAUGCUGCUUAUAAACUUGUGAAAAGUUGGCUGGGUGCAGAUGCAGUAGAUUUCUUGAAGUUGACCAGUAAGAAUGACAUCCAGGAGUAUAUCAGUGCUGAAUACCUACCACCUCAUAUGGGUGGGACUGAUACCUUUAAGUACAGUUACCCUCCAUUGGUUGAUGAUGAUUUUCAAACUCCAUUAUGUGAAAAUGGGCCCAUUACUAGUGAAGAUGAAAUUGAAAGCAAAGAAGGAAUAGACAUGGACAACAAGGAGAAUCCAGAUUCUAAUGAAGAGCAAACACCCAGUUCCAAAAAGGCAAAUUUUGCAGAACAAACUCCAAAAUCAGAAGAGUAUGACAAAUUAGAUUCCAAAACAAAAAAUGCAAAGAAAGCACUUACCACCUUUAAAGGAUCUUUAUUGCAUAUCAGUCCAGCAGAAGAACUACAUUUUGGUUCCAAAGAAACCGGAGAGAAGAAAUGCUUGAUAGUUCUAACAAAUGUGACUAAAAAUACAGUGGCAUUUAAGGUGAGAACAACUGCUCCUGACAAGUACAGAGUGAAGCCAAGUAACAGCAGCUGUGAACCAGGCACAUCACUAGAUAUAAUAGUAUCUCUUCAUGGUGGUUGUAUAGCUUCCUUGCAAGACCGUUUUCUGAUUAUGGCAGCAGAAAUGGAUCAGUGCAAUGGAGUAGGAACACAAGAAUUGGCUCAGUUUUGGAAGGAAGUUCCCAGAAACAAAGUGAUGGAACAUAGGUUACGAUGUCAUGUUGUAGAAAGCAGCAAGCCUUCUACUUUAACAAUAAAUGAAAACACUUUUAAUAUUCCUGCAAAAACCAAUGAAGAUUUACACGUACAGCUAACACAAUUAUUGCAAGCUAAUAAAAGACUUCGAGAACAGAUUGAUCGCUGUGUCUGGUUCCAGCAAAUGACUCUUUUGUUAGUGUUGCUAUUAGUUGCCUGUACUACCUUUUGUUUCUACCAACUGUAUGUUCCAAGGAGCUAAAGAGCAAUACUGUAUACAACAUGCUGUGUCUAUGAAAUCGAGACAAAGAAGUAGUUCUAACCUAUGGAACUGCCAAAAAUUAGAUCUGUUUCAGGCUCCCCGAAAACUAAAAAUCACAAGACUGUGAUCUAUGCCUUUAAUCAGCGUAUAGAGUGACCGUUAGUAUUUAUUACAAUGUACGAAGAAAACAGGAUAUUAAAGGAGUCAUUUUCUCUGAACAACCUAUUAAGUGUUAAAGAGCGAAAGAUAUUUAUGAUUUAACAUAUUUUCCCUUCCAUUUCUGUCAUGCAAGAUGUAUCAAAAUAAUUAAUUUUGUACAUAAAUUGUAACAUUUCCUUUGAAAUGUAAUGGCAGAAUAGGUAAUAGACUUUCCUAUAUUGUUUGUACAUAAAGUAUGAGUGUACAUAGUAGAUAAUGAUAGAAAUGAUUGUGUAGUUUGAAAUUGAGGAACUGGUGGUGGUCUUUAUUGUCGUUCACACUUUCCAGAGUUAUUAAAGCUAUUUUAUGCCAAACUAUAUGCAUCCAAUAUUUAUCUUGUAACCAUAUUUCCCAGAAAGGCCUGCCAUAGUUCCAAAGAGAGCUUGAUUUACAAAACUGUCAAAGUUCAUUACAUAUUAGGCAUCACACACCGUGAGCUCUCUCUAUAUAAAAAGAAGUAGUAUAAUUGUGCAGGAACACAAUUCCCUAUUCUUCAGUGGGCUUAGUUUUCCAGCCACAGUAUUUCAUUAGGGUUUGCCAUUGAGUUUCUUCUGAUGUGUUGGUAUGUAAAACAUUUUCUAGGGCAACAACUGUAAACCAGGAUUCAUAGUCAGAUUUGGAAUAACUGAUGUAAGUGUAUUUUUCUGAAAUGUGUGCUGAAAUCAUGUGUGAUGUAGAAGAAAUAGAUUAGGUAGGAAGCCACAAAUAUACUAGAAGAAUUGUGAAAAGGAUGAUAACUAUUACUUGGAAGCAUUUUAGUAAUGGUCUAAGAGGUGAACAAAAACUUGUCCUGGUUAAACAUUCCUUGCACUUAACCCUACUCAGUAUUGUAUAAAAAUUUAAAACAGGAGAUUGGUAAGACCUUUGUCAACACUGAAGCUUUUUUAAAUCUGUUGCGAUUAUAUAUGGUGCAAUAAGACAUGUUUGGAGGUCCUGUCCUAAGAUCGGUUCUGACUGCUUCUUUUCACUGCAGUCAUCACUACUAUAAACCAUAACUCUCUCUAAUUUAACAAUUAUGCAUCUGGAUAUGCUAUCCAGAGCAUAGCAUAUCCAGGGACAUUUCAUUUGCUUUUCUGUAUAUGAGAGUGGUUGGUUCUAUGUACACAGGCAUUUUUCAUUGCACUGUCCCUAUAUUCUUAUUUUCUAUAAGAGAGAAAGUCCUUGAAUACCCAAAGUUAAUAAAUACAUGCAGUGAAGUUCUUGGACUCUUAGCCUUGACUUGAGUGAGGCUAAGCAUUCAUAACUGAACACAGAACUUCCAUUCCAAACUUAUAUUCUCACCACAGACUGUCUUGCCUUAAUUGUGUUGUUUACUCUUCUAGGUUUUUAAAAAAUGGAUUUGUAAUUGUAAAAUUAGGUGACAUUCCCAACAUUAAGCAAGCGUAAAACCAUUGAUUCCAAUAGCCUUAUAGCCUUAAUGUGUAGAAUUUUGGUUUGUUUGUUUUGCUCAGGCUCAAAUGAGGCAUGACAGCAGCAGACCAAUUUGGAAGACCCAGUUUUAAUCAUAUGCGUCUGCCACCAUCCUAUGUAGUUACAUGUUUUUCUAGUCUCAAAGCCUACAGAGAUGUGAUAGGAGGGAGUCCUUCAACCUGCCCUUUAUGGCUGUGCCCUUUUUAUUGUAGCACUGGCCAAGAUUUUUUUAUCAUUGUGAAUGGAUUCCGUAAAAUUGAAUAUCCUUUCUAGAUUAUAAUAAUGCAGGGCAAUUGAAAAAUCUUUACAGAAUUAGCUUUUGUGCUCAUGGAUUUAUUCUCUAUCAGCUUGUAAUUCAUUACAGUUGAUCACAAGGUUCAUUCAGCUUAUCUUCUCUUUUAAACAAAUAAGCUACUUCACACUUUCACAAACAAACCAAAACUGUUUGAAUAAUUUGCUUGUCACAUCAGAUUUGAAUGUCUUGGUUUCAAUAAAGUUCUAUCUAAAAAGUUCUAGUUCCUUAGCAAGUCAUCUGUAGUACAAAAUAAUAUAGAAUAAUUCUUGACUCCAAUUUCUUAAAUAUUAGAAAAUGCUUAACCGCUAAGUUGGGCUGGAUUUAAUUGCACUUUAGUGAACAUUUUCAAAAUAUAUUAAUAAAAUCUAUGCCAAUAAAUGUUAAUGUUCUGGUGCUUAAAUGUUUUCAGUAUUUUAUUACUGUAUUCAUAUUUUGUAUGUAAAAUGGAUCAGAUAAUGUUUUCUAUUUUAAUAUGUUACAGACGAAUAACUGAAUUUGUAAAAUAAAUAAGAAAAUCCUGUUGCAUUCAUUGCAGUUCUUAAAAUGCAGCAACAAGUUGGAUAUGUGCCUUUCAAUGUUGAUAUACUUGUCUUGCUCUUUGGUAUAGCGUAUGUUUAAAAUGAACUAUUAAACUAUCCUUCCAUUCUA